AUGUCUUUAUCGCAAGAUUCGCAGACUGCCCAGAACACGGAUCGUUCGAUGGAUCACGGUGAUGACGAAACCGAAAACAAACCGUCACAGCCGUCCACGGGACUUCGGUUGAGACCGAGAUUGUACGAAAUGAUCAGCAAGCCGUUGAUAAAAGAAAUCAUCCAGAACGUGUACGGGAAACAUUUGAAAGGGAAAACGUGGAAAGAUUUGGAUCCGAAAAUCACGUGCACUAACAUUUCGCGUGACAUCGAGUACGGCGUGGUCGAGGUCUACCGGUGUAUUCGCGAAGACAACAAAUACAAAUUGGUCGUCCAAACCAUGAUCUGCGAGUAUAAUUCGCAAUCGGUCAACAUAGAUGCUCUUUGUUUUUGGGACAAGAACACGGACGGGCUUGUCUACGAUAGUUACAUCAACGGUUACGUGGUUUGUUACUCUCAAGUGUACUUUUCGUACUUGAUGCGGCACGCGUGA